AUGGCUCGCCAAACAGUUGUCGUCAUUGGCGCCACUGGCUCCCAGGGGGGAGCUGUCGCCAAGGAGCUUCUUGGUCAUCCGGACAGCUAUCAUGUCCGAGCCCUUACUCGUGAUCCUUCAAAGCCAACCGCCAAAGCUCUUGCUGAUCUUGGGGCGGAGCUAUACACUGCUGACCUGGAUGGUGGCCGUGAAAUGCUCGCAUCCGCGUUCUCGGGCGCUGAUGUCGUAUAUGCGCUGACCGACUUCUGGCAGACACAGUCUACUGAUGUCGAGAUUGCGCAGGGAAAGGCAAUCGCUGAUGCUGCAGCCCAGACUAGCACACUCAAGCGUCUUGUUUGGAGCGCCCUUCCCGACCCUGUGAAACUCUCGGGUGGCCAAUUCCUUAAUGUCCAUCACUGGAAGGGGAAGAGCUUGGUGACAGAAUACAUUCAGACGGAACAACCCGCUCUUUGGGCGAAGACUACCACUAUCCUCUUCCCAAACUACUUUGAAAACUGCUUGACCACUCCCGACCGAUAUCUCCCAGUCAAGGACAUCUCGGGAACUUAUACUCUCACCUUCCCGCACAGUCCACAAACCGUGAUGCCCAAUGUUGCCAUCGCUGACACUGGCAAGCUUGUGCGCGCCAUCCUCGAGGCUGGCUCGCGCUAUUUGGAAAAGACCGUUGCGUUUUACUGUGAGGGCUUGUCGGAGGCGGAAAAGCUAGCCAUCAUUGGAAAGCGCUACAACGUCCCAACUCAGUACCGGCAAGUUAGCUCUAGCCAGUUCCAGAAGAUUCUUCAAUCUCGCGAUGGCUUUUCUGAGGAGAUUGCUCUCGAUUUCGCAGAGCAGUUGAUGAUCUUCGAGAAGUGUGGCAAUGUCUACGCAAAUGGAGAGUUCGUGCAAGCAAACCAGAUACCUGGUUUGAAGCUCCAAACCUGGACCGAGUUUCUCGACAAGAAUCAACUGCCACUGGUCAGAGAGUAA